AUGGACACUAAUGUACAUUUGAAUGUUACUAAGACUAAACCACGUUCGUGUUUAGCUCUCACAGAAUUGUUUGUUAUCAGUAAUGUAAUCUGUGUUUGGAAUUUAAAUGGUUCUCUCAAGUGAAAAUUUUUGUUUUAGAAAUGAAACACUGUAAUCUUUUAUUUCAGUUCAUACUGGCACUGAUUUUCUUUGAUUUGUUGUCAACAUUACGUGUUCCACAAGGAAAACAUGUUAACGUUGAGAAAGACGAUUUGAGAAGUAAAGGCAUAUUUGGUUCACUUAAAUCCAUUCUGGAAUACCUUCAGCUUCCUCAGUAUAGAUCUUUGCCCGCAAUCAAAGAAAUGAUAAAGAAGUAUCGGAAAUCAUUGCACAUCGGCAAACAGCUGACAGACUUCCUGCCCGGUCCAAGACGACGGUUCAUCGUCAUAGAAGGACUCUAUACUUCAAAGAGGCAUGCUGUGGCCAAACUAGUGGCACGUAGCCUACGAGGGAAACACAUCUUGAACCCGUUCCGGAAGCUGGCGGGGGUAAACACAUUACCAGCCACGUAUGACACCCGGAGAGCCUACUACUCCCUGACUAAGUACGGGAUCGCCAAUCUAGUCCCAAAGUUGUUAGCUCUCCAACCAGUCGUCAUGGAGAGGUACUGGCUCGAUCAGGCGGCAUUUGUGAUUGCCAAAACGUUUGGUGAAAACUUGCCCGAACUGGAUUCUGGACUCUACGACUGGCCUUCUGACUUGAUCAAACCUGACAUCACAUUCUUCAUUAAUGCAGACAACAAGUCGACCGAACACUCCAACCUUCCGAACGAGAUCAGUAAUUUCACAUUGAACAUUCUGCGAGUAUAUGACGAGUACAAGAAAGUGAUGAAGAUCAUAGAAAUCAGUUCCAACCAGAAGUUGUGGGACAUAGUGAAGGAAGUGUUGGCUCAAGUGAGGCUGCUGGGUCCAGAUGUAGUUACAGAGAUUAAGAAGGCGCAGCCGAUACGUUUGAUGGAUUAGACGUUCUGAAGUUCUGAUACUGAUUAACUGUUUUACUUGAUGUUUCUGAUUAAAACAUUAUUUACUGAUUAACGUAAUUCAAACUAUAAAAUAUGUUGACAAUUAAAACAAAGUAUUUAAACAAACCCAGUGAGUGUUUAUAUUUAAAAUAUACCAUAUAGAUAUAGUUUAUUGCUACAAAUUUAAAACAUUUGUGCUGAACAUUGAAUUUGUCAACCUUUAGAUUUCAGUAAUAAUAGGAGUGUGUACGAAACUUUGAUGGUGUAUUUUAGAAAUCAAUAAAUUAUAUUUUAAACAAAUAAAUUAUUUUUAAUGGCUACUAUACUAUGUGGACACAUUGUACAAAA